AUGGCCUCCCACUCUGGGGAGCCAGGGCUCCUGCCCUGUGGAUCCUGUGACAUGGUUUUCCGCUCCUGGGCCCUGUUGGCCACGCACGCUCAGCGCUUCUGCAUUGGCCGUUUGACACGGGAGGUGACCCUUGGAGCACGGCCCUCAAAAGCCUCGGAAGCACCGGGUCCCAUGGUUGUGUCACAAGGACACCAGGACUUCCCAGAGCAGGAAGCCGGCAAAUCAGCUUUAAGGAAGCUAACGGAAGAGGUGCAAGGCCUGCGGCUGUACUUGGAGGAAAUGCAACCCAGGAUGACGGCAAUUCCCAGGCAGUCCGUGGAGAACGCCUCCACCCAGGGCCCCAGCUCCGCGGCUGCCGGGAGCCCCAGCGAGCGGCUGCGGGCCCUGCAACGGACUCACACGGUGCGCGUGGCAGAGACAGAGGCCCAGAGCCUGGCCCUGCAGCUCCGCGGGGAAGAACUGAACCGUCGCCUCCAAGGUCUGGCCCGCAGCCGGGGCGAUGGAUCCCGCCUGUUGGGCCUGGAGCGGGAGCUGGCAGAGCUGCGGGCGGAGGCCGGGAGAGCCAGGGGAGCUCUGCAGGUGCUGGGAACGCGCGUCCAGCAGCUACAGACUGAGCCCCGGACUGGGCCGGACUCCUUGCAAGGGGCAGAACUCUGUUGGCCGGUGCUACAGUCUAACCCAGGGACUCUGGCUGCUGAGAUUGGGGCCCUGCGUGAGGCCUAUAUCCAAGGUGGGGGUCGGGACCCCGGCGUUCUGGGCCAGAUAUGGCAGCUGCAAGUGGAGACAUAUGCCCUGGAGCUUCGACGGUCACGUCCCCGCAGGGGAAGACGGGCAGGUUCCACAUCUGGGAAACUUCUAGCAGUGGAGACCGAAAACCGGCGUCUGGAGGCAGAAAUUCUGGCUCUGCAGAUGCAGAGGGGUGCAGGCCGGGCACCCUGGGGGUCCAGAGAAGCACAAUUUGUGGCCAAUCCCAGCUCACGCCUGAGAAGGGAAGAGCCGCCAUGCCUCCCACCCCCGGUGGCUCCGCCGCUGCCGCCACCGCUUCCACACUCCGCAGGCGCCCUCUUCCUGGGAGGCACAGGAAAGACUCCACAGCUUCCUGGAGCCACGACCAGGAACCUGGGCCUGGGCCCACACUUUGUCCUGCCCACACUUGACGUUCUGGGCCCUGCUCCCUACGACCCUGGGGCUGGCCUGGUCAUUUUCUAUGACUUCCUGCGGGGCCUUGAGGCUUCUUGGACAUGGGUGCAACUAAUGACUGUCUUGGCCCGAGAUGGACAGGAUACAGGAGGGACCACAGCUUUGCCCCCAGCCCUUUGUUUGCCCCCUCCUCCAGCUCCUGGGCCCACGGGCAACUGUGCCAUCCUGGCCAGCAGGCAGCCUGUACCCAGACUACUACCUUCACCAUCACUAUCCCUGCUCUGUGAGUUACAAGCCUGGCAGGGGCUGGCAGGGGCUAGGGCACCACACCCAAAGGCCUGGACCUCACUGGCGCUGUUUGACCGGGAUCAGAGGGUACUGAGUGGUCGUUGGCGUCUCCCACUUCGUGUCCUUCCUCGGGAUCCCAGCCUUAGCCUUGGGCAGCUGAAUGGAAUUCCCCAGGCAGGUCAGGCUGAGCUCUUUCUGCGGCUGGUGAAUGCAAGAGAUGCAGAUGUCCAAACACUGGCAGAGAUCAAUCCAGCCAGUGCCCACGAGUACCAGUAUCCACCUCCGGUGCCCAGCUCAGCUUCACUGGAAGCCAACUCCCUUGUACCAACAGCUGGCUUUGUUGACCCCCCUCCUCCUGGAGAAGAGCCCCUUGACAGCAGAGUCAAGAGUAGAGAUGAAGGAUUGGGCUCCACUGGCUUAGACGCAUCCCCUCGGGCUUUCUAA